AUGGCGGCAUCCGGUGCUGCUCUGUGUCUCUCCGUCCUGCUCCUCAUCGCCGUCUGUUGCCGCUCCGACGUCGACUUCAUCUACCAGGGAUUCCAGCACGCGCCCAACCUGAGCCUGGACGGGUCGGCGUCGGUGCUGCGCGGCGGCGCGCUCCGGCUCACCAACGACAGCGAGCGCCUCGUCGGCCACGCCUUUUACGGCUCCCCCGUGGCCCUGGGCACGGUCGGUGACAGCCAGAGCGGUGGCGGCCACGCGGUCUCCUCCUUCAGCACCGCCUUCGUCUUCGACAUCGUGACCGUCGGCACCGGCGGCGGCCACGGCCUCGCCUUCGUGGUGGCCCCGUCCAGGGCGCUCCCCGGCGCGUCGCCCGAGAUCUACCUCGGCGUCCUCGGGCCGAACACUAUCGGAAAGGUCUCCAACCAUGUGUUUGCCGUCGAGUUCGACACGGUCACUGACCUGGGGAUGAAUGAGACCAAUGGCAACCACGUCGGCGUCGACGUCAACAGCCUCGUGUCUAAUGUGUCCGAGCAGGCCGCGUACUACACCACCAGCGCCGGCGGGGAGGACAGGAAGGUGCCCGUGAAGCUGGAGAGCGCACAGCAGAUCCAGGCGUGGAUAGACUACGACGGCGGUAGCAGUCUGCUCAACGUGACCGUCGCCCCGGUGUCCGUGACUGACCGGCCGCACCGGCCGCUCAUAUCAACAAAGCUUGAUCUCCGAUCGGUCUUCAAGGAGAACAUGUACGUCGGCUUCUCAUCGGCGACGGGGAAGCUCGCGAGCUCGCACUACAUCCUGGCAUGGAGUUUCCGGACCAAUGGGCUCGCCCAGCCCAUCGAUCUCCGGCGGCUGCCAAAGGUCCCCAGGCAGAGAACGCCGGCUCCCAAGGUCCUCAUCAUCAAAUUCGCCGCGGUGGCUUGUGCGGGAACGAUCACCUUGGUUGCCGCAGCGAUGGUUACUGUGCUCUGGCUCCGGCGUAGAGCGGCGCUCGCCGACAAACUGGAGGACUGGGAGCUGGAGCACCCCCAGAGGAUUCCAUACAUGGAGCUCUACAAGGCGGCCAGGGGGUUCAAGGAGAGCGGAUUUCUUGGCUCGGGUGGUUUCGGCCACGUGUACAAAGGUGUGCUCGGACGUCGUCGUUCCGGGUCCGGGUACGGCGACGAGGUGGCCAUCAAGCGGAUUUCCAGCGGCACCAAGCAAGGGAUGAGGGAGUUCGUGGCGGAGGUCUCGAGCCUCGGGCGGAUGCGCCACCGUAACCUGGUGGAGCUGCGCGGGUGGUGCAAGCACGACCAGGACCUGCUCCUCGUCUACGAGUUCAUGCCCAACGGCAGCCUCGACGCGCACCUGUUCGGCGCGGCGGAGCAGGGCAAGGUGCUCACGUGGGCUCAGCGGUUCGGCGUCAUCCGGGGCGUGGCGCGCGGCCUGCUGUACCUGCACGAGGAGUGGGAGCACGUGGUGGUGCACCGCGACGUGAAGGCCAACAACGUGCUGCUCGGCGCCGACAUGGGCGCGCGGCUGGGCGACUUCGGUCUGGCGCGCCUCCACGAGCACGGCGCGGCCCCGGGCACCACGCGCGUGGCCGGCACCCUGGGCCUCGGCCGGCCUGAGGCCAGGCCCAGCAUGAGGCAGGUCUGCCAGUUUCUCAACGGCGAGAAGGUGCUGCCGGAGGACGCGGUUCUCGUGUUCUCGGAUCCCGACUCGUCCGUGUUCCUUGGGCCCGUGCUCUCCUCCAUGACCUUGUCGUCCUCCGGUGGAACCAUGUCGCUCGCCUCGCAGCAUGGAGGUCGGUGA